AUGACCGGCUGCUCUGUCCGCCAGGCAGACGGCUCCGCCGCAGCGCAUGGUCGGCACGUGCCUGGAGUCGACCACGUUAUUGCCCAGCCCAGCACCACCUACGUCGACGGGGACGGUGUGUACGGCGGUGAGUGCGGCAAGUGGCUGAAGUUCGUCGUGCGGAAAACCGAAAGCAUCACCCGCGGCGUGCUGCGGCUGAACCUGGAGUAUGCAGAUGACGCGUUCCUCAGGGCGUCUGUAUUCCUGACCAGCAAUCACGACGAGCGGGAUCUGCUGAGCAACGUGCCGGCGUGCCGAAACAACACUUUGGUCAACAACUCGGUGGCGGAUGCUUUGGAGCACAUUUUCUCAUGGGACGUUUGCGUGGUCGACCGCUGCACCUUCAACGUCAGGUACCGAGUGACGCGCAAGGGCACUUACUCGUUGCAUGUGAAGCUGGAUGGCAACCCGCUUCCCGGCUCGCCGUUCCGCAUCUACAUCUCCGAAGGCGCUCCUUCCACAGCGGCAUGUCGCGUGUACGGCCGGAAUGUAGGCACGUGCUGCGCAAUACCGUACGUCCCCGAGAUCAUGAACGCGAUUUUCCCCAAUGCGUCGCCGUGUGCUGCCACUUCGAGGGACGAUGCAAGGACGAAGCGGAAUGCGGCCAGAUCAGCCUCCGACGAUGCGCCCACGAAAGGAUCGUCGUGCAAGAGCGACUUUUCCCCAAUCGACAACUUCAACAGGAACACGUGCGGAUACUUUUCCAACAGGUCUGCCGUAUCCAUCGGCGGCUGGCUGGCUGAUAACUCCACACCGGAUGACAUCGUGAUCCCCAACCACUCAGCGCCGGAUGCAUUCCGGCCCGGCGGCACCUCGUGUGCCGACAACUCUAAUCGCAGUGAAAACGCAAUCUCGUAUGCAAAACAAUCGGUCGCUGACCCAGAUUUCAGGGACGUGGAGAGGGGCUUGCCUGCUGCUGGCAAUGCGGUAGGGAGAGGCGUCGGUUGCACGCGUAGGAGCAUCUCCAGUGACGGUUCGCUGUCCGUCAACCUCUCGGGCGACAGUGCGGCUACGGCGCACAGCCACAUAAAGGAGUCUCCCCGAACGCCCAGUUUUAAUCCCUACCAAGCGACAAAUCGCAACUGCACUGCCGACGCAGGCGGUCGAGGAAAUGUAUACAGUGCGAGAUCCUUCGGACCACCGAGGGCGUCCAUGAACUCAUCCGAAGCUGACAUGCUACCGAUGGAGUUCACCUUGGGAGCAGAUACCUCAGCCGUGCCCGAGGGCAGGACCACCCUCGCAAACGAACCGGGAGCAGUCGGGUCGUGCACGCGUUCUUCCGCAAUGACCAGCGCGCUAUGGGAUGGAUUGGACGACAGGCGUUCGUCCGAUGCCACGCGUAAGAGGCGGCAACAUGCUCUGCAACAGCUGGAGAGACGGGGCCUGCUCAACGAAAUUGAGAUCCGUCUGGCUGAUGCGCAUGGCAACGCGGUGACCCACGCACUGCCAUACGUACAAGCGUGGGGCGAGAACUACGCACGAGUGGUGAGCGUCGACAACAGGCCGAACGGCGUGGUCAUCGUGAAGUACGUCGUGGUGGUCCCAAGGGAUGGCCUGGAGUCCCUAAAGACGGCUCAAUCGCACGAAAGCGACUCCGUAAUGCCGCACGCGCUACGCGUUGGCGGCGUGCCGUGCAAGAUCCACGUUGAGAUUAACGGGAAGCCGGUCUUCGGCUCGCCAUUCCACCCGCAGGUGGGUAACGUGAACGAGGUCGAGCACUACUUCGAGACCACCGUCGGCACCACGGAGUGCCUGAUGCAGACCUUCACCGAGCUGGUGCGCAACAACGACUUCGACGGCUGCGCCGAGCUGUACAGCAUGGUGGAGACCGACGAGGUCAAGGACAAGUUGACGGGCAUCCUGCUCACCCGGCUCUCGGAACUCGAGAAGACCAACAUCGCCGCCACCAGCAACAUCAGGCUGGUGGAGUCGCUCAAGCUGCAGAGCCUCGGCAGGCUGCUUGAGCUGGUCCAGAGCCAGUACAAGAAGAUGCUCACCUACAAGACCAGCAGCAUCGUGGACUGCAUCCGCGAGCUCAAAAGCUUCGAGAACAUAGCUGCGGACCAAAAGGGGAACAAAGCCGCGAGCGAUCAAAAGGGAGAGGCUGCGAAGCGGUUCAACAACCUUGGUGACGUCAUUCUCAACUACCGGCUGAUCGGCGACGAGCUGCGCAAGCUCCACCGCUACGAGCUGGCCGACAAAUUCGACCAGAUCAACAACCAGAUGUGCGACGAGAUCGAUUUGGGCAUGUGGACCUCGAUCAUCGGCCACAAGGAAUCGCAAGUGCAGAAGCUGCGCGCCGAAGUGGAGUCGGCCGCCGACCGCCUCACUCGCUUCAAGGACGAUGUUGAGGAGCGUUACAAGAGCUUCACGAGGAAGGACCUCGCCGACUUCCGGGGCACCCCCGGCUUCGCGUUCGACCACGGUACCCAAACGGAAGCCCCGGAACUCUUGACCACGCGGCUGUCGUCGCUGGUGCGGGGGCGCUGCGUGCCAACGACCGCGCACAACGAGGUGGACAAGAUCGUGGAGGCGUAUUGGCGCAAGUGCAACAACUACGACAUCCAGACCACGGUGGCCAAGGUGCUCAAGUCCAGCGUCAGGCUGAAGAACAGCAUCUCCGAACUGUUCAUGUACUACAGCACGGCGCACCCACGCGAGAGUGGCGGCACGAUGCUGGGCGUCUCGCGCGCGUCUAUGGAGCUCUUCGUGCUGCAGCUGCGACUGAACAACUACCUGACGGCCAACGUGCAAAAGCUCGACUGGCUGUUCGAGCGGUUCUCCUUGGAGCUCCCCUCAGGCCAGGCAGACGGGUCAACGCCUCCGCAAAGGGCCAUCCCGGAGCACAUGUGGUGCGCCUAUUUGCGGGAAAUCGGUUAUUUGAACCUGCUGUACACAAUAGCGGAGUCCGGGGACCGCGAGAUUCUGAGGGACCACCAGCACCCCUCGAGGCUGGUGGCGUUCCACCACCUGUGCAAGGAGCACCUCAUUCCUCUGUACGAGAUGCUCUUCACAACGAAGCCCGAGUUCCAGAAGUGCCUGAAGUUCACGGAUUCCAAGGUCGACAACGGGUCGCAGCGCGUCAACAAAUCCGCCAAGAAGGCCGCCACGCCGUCGGAGCAGUACUUCAGGUCGCGCCAGGACAUCUUGGGCUACUUCAACGUCCACGCGUUGGAGCACGUGCUCAACGUGCUGGACAUCGACGUGCUGCAGCGCGUCUUCAAGCACUACAGCCGGAUUUCCAUGUUCGGCCGGCAGCAGGUUGCGCGGGAUUGGUUUGACGAAAAAACCGCCACCAUCUCCACGGCAACCUUCGUGGUCUUCGCGCGUGACUUCCAGAUCAUCCCGGGCCACAUGGACGGCGAAAGCGUGCACACGAUCGCCCGCGGCGUGGCUCUGCGUGGCACCGGCGGCGCGAACAAACUGGUGCUGCGCGACUUCGUGAGCGCCGUGUCCCGGACCCUGGCACGGGUGGUGCUCGCCAGCUGCCUUGCGAAGCACGACGCAUACGAGCGCAUUCGCGACUCGCUCACGGAGACUAUGGAGACAGCGCCCCGCUGCGUUCAGUCGAAGGAAUCUGUGAAGCGUGACAUCAUGGUCCUGCUGCAGUUGCUGGGCAUCUGCAACCUGCAGUUCGUCCGCUACACAAUCGACGCCAUUUACGGCUCCGAAGCCGUGGAACAGAUGGACGAGUAA